AUUCUUUUCCUGCAUCACCACUUUUUUUUUUCCCUUUUUUCCCCUAGAUACCCAUCACAGUCCUUCACUAUGCAUCACAAGCGUCUUGCUUUUGGCCUGAUGGGCGCCAUGGCCGCCGUGGCCACUGCCGAGUCCGACGUCACCCAGCUGACCGGAGAGACCUUCAACGACUUCAUCAAGGGCAAUGAUCUCGUCCUGGCAGAGUUCUUCGCUCCCUGGUGCGGCCACUGCAAGGCUCUCGCCCCCGAGUAUGAGGAAGCUGCUACUACGCUCAAGGAGAAGAACAUCAAGCUCGCCAAGAUCGACUGUGUCGACGAGGCUGAGCUCUGCAAGGAGCACGGCAUCGAGGGUUACCCCACCCUCAAGGUCUUCCGUGGCCUUGAGCAGGUCUCUCCUUACACUGGUCAGCGCAAGGCUGGUGGCAUCACCUCAUACAUGGUGAAGCAGUCACUUCCCGCGGUCUCUGUCCUGACCAAGGACACCGUUGAGGACUUCAAGACCGCCGACAAGGUUGUCCUGGUCGCCUACAUCGCUGCUGAUGACAAGGCCUCCAACGAGACCUUCACCUCUGUUGCCGACGAGCUGCGUGACACCUACCUCUUCGGUGGCGUCAACGAUGCUGCUGUUGCCGAGGCUGAGGGCGUCAAGUUCCCUUCCAUUGUCCUCUACAAGUCCUUUGAUGAGGGCAAGAACGUCUUCGCCGAGAAGUUCGACGCUGAGGCCAUCAAGUCUUUCGCCUCCGUUGCCGCCACUCCCCUCGUUGGUGAGGUCGGCCCCGAGACCUACGCCGGCUACAUGUCUGCCGGUAUCCCUUUGGCUUACAUCUUCGCCGAGACCCCAGAGGAGCGUGAGGAGCUUAGCAAGUCCCUCAAGCCCAUUGCUGAGAAGUACAAGGGCAAGAUCAACUUCGCCACCAUCGACGCCAGCAGCUUCGGCUCCCACGCCGGCAACAUCAACCUCAAGACCGACAAGUUCCCUGCCUUUGCCAUCCACGACAUUGAGAAGAACCAGAAGUUCCCCUUCGACCAGGAGAAGGAGCUGAAGGAGAAGGACGUCGCCAAGUUUGUUGACAACUUUGCCGCUGGCAAGAUUGAGCCCAGCAUCAAGUCUGAGCCCAUUCCCGAGACCCAGGAUGACGCUGUCUACACUGUCGUUGCCCACACCUACAACGACAUUGUCCUUGACGACAGCAAGGAUGUCCUCGUCGAGUUCUACGCUCCCUGGUGCGGUCACUGCAAGGCUCUUGCCCCCAAGUACGAGGAGCUCGCCAGCCUGUAUGUCAACAGCGAGUUCAAGGACAAGAUUGUCAUCGCCAAGGUUGACGCCACCAACAACGACGUCCCUGAUGAGAUCCAGGGCUUCCCCACCAUCAAGCUCUACCCCGCCGGUGACAAGAAGAACCCUGUCACCUACAGCGGCGCCCGCACUGUUGAGGACUUUGUCAAGUUCAUCGAGGAGAACGGCAAGUACAAGGCCACUGUCAAGGUCCCUGAGCCCCCUGUUGAGGAGACCACCUCCGAGGAGAAGAAGGCCGAGGACGAGCACGAUGAGCUGUAAAGAAACAAAAAAAGUAAAACGAAAUAAGUAAAAACUGUAUAAUUGUGGGAUUUGAUUCUUGACGAAACGAACGUCGGCGCUGGUUAAUGGACUAUCUAAAUAAGUACUAGCAAUUGCAUACUGGCUUUACGCCCAUCAGGGGCAUUGCUUUGAAAUCAUUCGAAUUUGAUCACCAACUUG